AUGAGGACGACCACCAUCGCUGCGCUUGCGAGCGCCUACGCCUUGUCGACCAGCGCCAUCAAGCUGGCACCUCGAAGAGAAGGAAUUGAACCAAGAGUGGUGGAGCACGAGAUACAGCGCCGCCAUGUCCCCAAUCCUCUACAGUCAGAUCGCGAUCGAAGGAUGCGCAAGAGACAAUCCUCAGACAACACGGUCAUGGUCCCGCUCGCGAACGAGGAGACGCUGUAUUUCAUGGACAUCACCAUUGGAUCGCCACCCCAGGAUUUGCGCAUGCACAUCGACACGGGCAGUAGUGAUCUCUGGGUCAACACGCCCGACUCACAGCUUUGCCAGCGGAGAGGUGACCUCUGCGACGCCGCUGGGACGUACAACGCCAAUUCGAGUUCGUCCUACUCCUACGUCAACUCCGACUUCAACAUCACGUAUGUUGAUGGCUCAAAUUCUCGCGGAGACUACGUGAGCGACACCGUCCGGUUCAACGGCGUCACACUGCGCAACCAGAUCUUCGGCAUUGGCUAUUCCAGCGACUCGCGGCAGGGAAUUUUGGGCAUUGGAUAUCCGAUCAACGAGGUCAUCACACAGUAUGGACACCAACCCUAUCCGAACAUUCCAUACAACAUGAGGAACAAGGGCUACAUCAACACACCUGCCUACAGUCUCUGGCUGAACGACCUGGAUGCAAAUAAAGGUUCCAUCCUAUUCGGAGGCGUUAACACCGCCAAGUACACCGGAGAGCUCCAAACCAUUCCCAUCAUUCCUAUCGACGCUGGAGCUGCGGAUAUCUACGCCGAGUUCGUUGUCGCCAUGACGGCCGUGGGCUCAAACGGGAACUCUGGCAGGUUCGCCAACAACAUUGCCAUCUCCGCUCUGUUCGACUCCGGUACCAGCCUUAUGUACCUCCCCAACUCCAUCUGCGAGGACAUCUACGAUGCCGUUGGCGCGCAGUAUGACAGCACUCAGGGGGGUGCGUUCAUAGACUGCUCGGCUGCGGAUCAAGAUAUCACCAUCGACUUUACUUUCUCCGAGCCUACCAUUCGGGUUCCCAUGAAUGAGCUUGUCCUUACUGCGGGCAUCCAGAACAACCAGCCUGUCUGUAUUCUCGGCAUUGUGCCUUCCGGAGGCAAUACUGCAUUACUCGGCGACACAUUCUUGAGGUCGGCGUAUGUCGUAUACGAUAUGGCGGGUAACCACAUCUCGCUUGCGCAGACGGACUUCAACAGCACAGAGAACAACAUUCAGGAGAUUGAGCAGAACCGCGCGGUACCCAGCGCGACCAACGUGCAGAACCCGGUGACCUCGGUUGCGGUUGCAUCGGCAGGAGCAAGGAUCGAGACUGGCUUCGGAGGUGGUGCGAGUAGUACUGGCGCCGCUGUGCCCGCAGCAACGAAGGGAGCAGGUUUCAAUCUAGCGAUGCUUGGGGCAGCUGGAGCGGCGGUGUUUGCGCUUUAG